UAGAAUAAAACAAAUAACCGUUGAGGAAUAAAACAAAAAACCGUUUUUAUUCUCUCUACAAAACCCACACUCCCACCCACACUCCAACCUUUUUUUGGCUUUCGUAAUUCCCUCUCUUCAAAUAAUCUCCAUUCUCACUAACUAUGGCCACCACCACCAACAACAACAAUAACAACAACAACUACUCCCACUUCCAUUCUCAACUCUCAGUCCCAACUCCACCACCACCACCACCCAACGACGUCGUUUCCACAGCCACAACCACAACCACAGCCUCUGUUGCUUUCUUCCCUCCUCCUCCUCCUCCUCCUCCUCUCCCACAACCACCAGAACGACACCGUAUGACCACCAUCAACACCCUUAAUCCCAAAAAGAAACGGUCCAAAACGGCCCGAAUCGAAGGCGGCCCAGGCCCAGGCCCAGGCCCAAAACAGGGGCAGGAGAGGAGGAGAGGCGGCCCAGACCCUUCGGCACCGAAAAUCACCAUGCCAUGUAGCGAAUGCGGGAAGAAAUUCUGGUCAUGGAAGGCUCUGUUCGGCCACAUGCGUUGUCACCCCGAGCGUCAAUGGCGAGGGAUCAACCCACCCCCAAAUCUCGUUCGAAGAUCAUCAUCAUCAUCAUCAAAGCCCAAUCAUAACCGUUACGACGAGUACGAAACAUCAUCACCAUCAAUUUAUUAUUCUGUCGAAGAAUACGAAGUCGCUUCGUGUCUUCUUUUGCUAGCCAACGGUCCACCCAAAAUAACCGACGGUCACGAUCUGUGUAUGACGUCACCACCACCAGCACAACCACAACCACAACCACAACCACCAUCGUCGUCUUCUUCUUGUUUCGAGUGUUCGAGUUGUAAGAAAGUGUUUGGAUCUCACCAAGCUUUAGGAGGACACAGAGCCAGUCACAAGAACGUCAAGGGAUGUUUCGCCAUAGCAGCCAAUAAUAUUGGUGAUGAAGAAAUAGUAAACGACGUCGUUUCGGAGGAGGAAGAGAAGAAGAAUAUUAAGAUGAUGGAAUUGGGAUCGAGUAGUGGUGGAGGACACAAGUGUAGUCUUUGUUUUAAAGUUUUUGGUAGUGGACAAGCUUUGGGUGGACACAUGAGGUGUCACUGGGAGGAGGAGCCAUUAACGUUGUUGAGCUCUUCUUCCAUGAAUAAUAACAAUGGUGGUGGUGGUAGUGGUAGUGGUAGUGGUGUUCUUGAUUUGAACUUGCCUGCUUCUUCUUCCUCAUCAGAAUUUGAUCAUCAUUAUUCUACUAAUACUUCUAAUACUAUUACAUUGGACUUGAGAUUGGGUCUUUGAAUAGUGUAAUUCUUAGAACCUUAUUAUUAUUAGUUAAUUAAUUAAUACAAUUUACAAUGAUUAUUAUUACAUAUUAUAAGUAGCUAUAGUGUGUGUUGUUAUGAAUUAAUUGUGGCAUUAAUUCAUAGUUUGUUUCUGGUAUAAUAAAGUUUAGUAUUCAUAUAGUUUGAAUUUCAUGGUUUUAAAUUAUUGAAAUAUUUAGUGACUUAAUAUACGACUUUAACAUAUGUAUAUUAUAUUUGAACUUCAUUCUAUAGUAUCUUUUUUUCUUCAAUGUUAAAAACACUUGAGGAAGAUUAUCUAUAAAAAUAAAACGUGGAGAGAACACAUAUGUCGUACAAUGAGAAUCAUAUAGUUGCACAUAUAAUAGUAGAACCAUUAAAAGUACCAAUUGAGUCAAUUUCUUGGCGUGGCUCAUAAUCAAUAUAUAGACCCCAAAGUACAUGAGCAAAUACUAUAGUAGGAAAACUUAAUUAAGGAAAAUAUAUAUUUUAU